AUGGAUGCCAUUAGAUCGAGAAAUUCAGAGCACCUAAAUGUUAUAACUUCGAUCAGAUCGAAAACAGAGGAUCAUUUGCACCAUAUUGCUUCGAUAAGAUCAGAAAUUCGUGAAAUUGAUCCAUCACAAGCUCAUAAUGAUGUUGAAUUAUUAGCCCAAAUCGGAUACAAACAAGAACUAAGACGUCAUUAUAGUACUUUACAAGUGUUUGGUAUUGCAUAUUCAAUCAUGGGGUUGCUACCAAGUAUUUCAUCCACCAUUGCAACUGGCCUUGAGUCUGGUCCUGCUGGAUUAGUUUGGGGAUGGUUUGUGGCAAGUAUUUUUAUUUUAUCUACUGGUACAUCCAUGUCAUUCUUAGGAAGCGCUAUUCCCACCAGUGGGGGAUUGUAUUACUAUACUAAUUACUAUGCCCCUCACUGGAUCCGGGUUCCCUUGAGUUUCUUGAUUGGCUGUUCUAACACGUUGGGGUUAAUUGGAGGAUUGUGCAGUAUAAGUUAUGGAUUUGCUGUCGAAGUCUUAUCAGCUGUGUUUAUCCAAACAGAUGGGGAUUUUGAAAUUACCAAUGCUAAAUGUUAUGGUCUUUUUGCAGCAUGUAUUAUUUCCAAUGUUAUUAUUUCUUGUUUAACCACAAAAUAUGCUGCCCAUUGGCAAACGAUUUCCAUUAUUGUUAAUACCUUCCUUAUAAUUUUGUUUAUGAUUGCUGUUCCUGCCGGAAAGAAACACGAUUUCAAUUCUGCUUCAUAUAUAUUCACUAAUUUUGAAAAUGCUAGAACAACUUAUAGUACAGCAUGGUCUUUUUUCAUGGGGUUUAUGCCAGCUAUUUGGACAAUUGGAGCAUUUGAUUCAGCUAUUCACUGUAGUGAAGAGGCUAAGAAUGCGCAAAGAGCAAUUCCCGUGGGGAUUGUCGGCUCUAUCAGUGCUUGUUGGAUUUUAGGUUGGCUCAUUUGUAUCGUCUGCGCAGCUUGUAUUAAGGAUGGAGAUACAGCUAGAGUACUUCUGUCGGAAACCGGGAACCCUAUGGCCCAGAUAAUCUACGACGCUUUGGGAAAGAAAUGGGCAGUAGCAUUCAUGGCUAUGAUCGCUGUUGGUCAAUACAUGAUGUCAGUUUCUAUAUUGAUUGCUUUAUCUCGUCAAAUCUGGUCAUUUGCAAGAGACAAUGGGUUGCCAAUAGUUUAUAACUUUAUUAAAGUUAUUAAUCCAAAGAUUCAAGUGCCAGUUAGAGCAACCAUAUUUGCCGGAUGUUUAUCACUUGUAUUGGGCUUAUUAGUAUUGAUCAACGGUACUGCUGGUGCAAAUGCCUUGUUCUCCUUAGCUGUUGCUUGUAACUUGUUAGCUUGGGGCACUCCUGUUUUUUUGGUAUUAUUACCCUUGGGAAGGAAGAGGUUUGUUUCUGGUCCAUUCUAUUUCGGUAAGAUUAUUAGUAGAAUCAUUAACUGCGUUACACUGUGUUGGGUUGUAUUUGUGAUUGUGUUGGCAAUGUUCCCUGAUUCUCGUGAUGUUGACAAGGAUUCAAUGAACUACACUGUGGUUAUAAAUUGUGGAAUGUGGAUUUUAUCAUUGAUUUACUUUUAUGUUUGGGGUUAUAGAACCUAUACUGGUCCAGUAUCUAAUCUUGAUGAUGAGUACUCCGAAGGAUCAAUUCAACACUUAGAUGAGGUGUUGAAAGAAAAGGCUUAGUUAUGACAUUUACGUUUUGUAUCUAUAUCAUCUUAUCAA